GCCAUGCCGGCGCUCUACUCCAACCUCCCCCCAGGGGGUGCGCGUGACUCUCUCGAACUCGCCUCGCUGGCGAGCUCCAGCCAGGGCGCCGCAACCACCGAGACCGACUCGCGGCCGAGCAUAUCCUCGUCGCGACGCGCCUCGCUCGAGCGCGACGACCCGCUCGACGACGCCAACCCUGCCGCGCCCGGCAGCAACAGCGGCAGCCCCAGCCGGCGGCCCGCAUACCACGGCCGCUCCUUCUCGGUCUCGUCCACCUUCGAGUUCGCCGCCAACCUCUUCCCGCUGUCGAGCACGGCCGGCGGGUACGCGCCGCUCGGCGCGCCCACCUCGGCCGGCCUCGCCCACGGCGGGCUGGCCGGCGCCUCGCUCGAGAAGCACAAGACGCUGACGUACCUGAACGGGCUGUCGCUGAUCGUCGGGCUGAUCAUCGGGUCGGGCAUCUUCUCGUCGCCGAGCCAGGUGAACUCGAACGUGGGGUCGCCGGGCGCCGCGCUCAUCAUCUGGGUGGUCGCGGGCAUCCUGGCCUGGACGGGCGCUGCGAGCUAUGCGGAGCUCGGCGGCGCCAUACCGCUCAACGGGGGGCCGCAGGUGUAUCUGUCCAAGAUACUCGGGGAGCUGGCCGGGUUUCUGUUCACGUGGGUGGCCGUGCUGGUGCUGAAACCCGGCAGCGCGGCCAUCAUCGCCAUCAUCAUGGGCGAGUACCUGGUGCGGGCGGCGAUCGGGGCCGAGGCCGAGACGGUCAACCCGUGGAUCAACAAGUCGGUUGCGUUGGUGGGCCUGGUGACGGUGACGUUUCUGAACUGUGUCUCGACGCGUCUGGGGACGCGCAUCAACGACAUGCUCAUGUUUCUGAAGUUUGUUGCCUUGCUCGGUGUUACGAUUACUGGGAUUGUGGUUGCGGCCACGGGAUACUCGUCGUCGGGCACGGCGAGUCUGGACUGGAAGAACCAUUCAUGGUUUGAAGGCACCAAGGUGGAUGCCUCGGCGUGGGCGGUGGCGUUAUACGCUGGCUUGUGGGCGUUUGAUGGGUGGGAUAAUACCAACUACGUAGUUGGCGAGUUCCGUAACCCCUCGCGCGACCUGCCGCGCGUCAUCCACACCGCCAUGCCGCUCGUCAUCGCAAGCUAUCUCCUCGCCAACAUCGCCUACUUCUUCGUCCUCCCGCUCGAAACCAUCAACUCGUCCAACACGGUCGCCGUCAUGUUCGGCGCCAAAGUCUUCGGCACCGCCGGCUCGCUCAUCCUCGCCCUGAUCGUGUCGGCCUCCUGCUUCGGCGCGCUCAACAGCUCCACCUUCACCAGCAGCCGCCUCGUCUACGUAGCCGGCAAAGAAGGCUACAUCCCGUCUGUCUUCGGCCGCCUGGGCCUCACCAGCAGCGGCGGGGGCCUCCCCGACGCGCACCACGACCCCCAUCACCUCCACCACCCCGCUUCCUCCUCCCUCCCGAACACCCUCCGCACGCGGUCCUGGCUCCGGCGCAAGCUGGGCUCGCUCGUCGGCGACGAGGACACGGGCCUGUUCUUCACGCCGGUGCCGGCGCUGCUGCUCAACGCGGCGCUGACGGCGGGCUACAUCGCGGUCGGCGAGUUCGGCACGCUCGUCACCUUCUACGGCGUCGCGGGGUACACCUUCUACUUCCUCACCGUGCUCGGCCUGAUCGUGCUGCGCGUGCGCGAGCCCCACCUCGAGCGCCCCUACCGCGCCUGGAUCACCACCCCGAUCGUCUUCUGCUGCGUCAGCCUGUUCCUGCUCAGCCGCGCCGUCUUCGCCCAGCCCCUGCAGACCCUCAUCGUCGUCGGCUUUGUCGUCGCCGGCGUGCCGGUCUAUUUCUGGCGGGUCAGGCGCGGCAGGGGCAGGGCCGUGCUUGCCAUCAAGAGGGAAGGGACGGGGGAGGGGGAGGAGGGGAAGCGGAGGUGGUGGAUGUUCUGGAGACGGAGGAGGUAGAAAUGAAUGGGGGAAGGGAAGGAAUGCAUUCCGUGGGUGAUUCUUGACUUCAAUCAUGGCUCCUGGUGCAAGGGGGCGGCGAGGUAUUUGGCUUCGGGAAGCUGGAUAUGACUACCGCAUUACUUUGCCCUGAUCAUCGAGGGGUUUCUCCUACAUAUACCCAAACCGCUUGUUGAGCAGGUGAGUUCGGGGAAUAGGCCGGACUGGGGCCGCAGUGCCUGUCCGAGCCCCCUGUAUAGUAUAUACCAUGCUCAACAUCAGACAGACGCGAGACGAUACAGCGUCGAGACAUAAUUAUAUAUUCGCAACCUCACUGGUUGGUUGUCUG